CCUAGCAACGAGGGCAGCGGCGACGUCACGCCGGCGGGUGCUGAGUUCGGCCGCUGCGGUGGAGCAAGCGAGUUGCAUCUUCCAGCGCCUGCGGGUGGAGGGAGUGCCGCUCACAGCCCAGUCUCCGCACUUCUCCGUCUGCCUCUGUCGGGGAGAGCAGCUCCGCCCCCCGCCACCGAGGUUUGGGCAGGGGGCUGUCCCGCUGGCCCUCGAACCGACAGAGCCCACCUCCCCCCUGGCCCUGGCAGGACCAUGCUGGAGUCCAUCCGCGUGACGGAAAAGCUUCACUGGCCUGAGCAAGAACUUGCUAAGAAGUCUGUUCUAAAUGCAGAAGACUCACUGAUCCUUGACAGCAAGAGAAGCCUUUCGCAUUUGCCCUCUGGAGUACUAAAGGACAUUUUCACAACGGGAACCAGUAGUUACAAUGUCCUGCUGCAGAGCAAGGAGGAAAGAAAGCACCAUGCACAAAAACAGCCUUGCUCCACCCACUCCAAACGAUGUAGAAAGCCCAGCAAAUGCCCUAGCUCUUCUCGUAGCAGAGACGCUCGCAGGACGAAAGCCCCAGUGCCUGUGGCAAGCACUGGUACUUGGUAUUGCCUGGAGAGGCGGCCCGCUGUUUUUGUCACGAGCUCAGUGUCAAGUCCUGUAAAGUUUACCGGUGAUAUCUCUGUUACAGGGAACGGCAUAGUCCUGCCACCCAAACCCAAAAGCAAGAUCAAGUGGCGCCAUUUCUCCGCUCUGCCAAAGCCCAAGCAGCAGCCUCAGCUGUCUAGAAGCUUUGAAAAGGCGGAUGACUUUUCUGGGAAGAGAUUUUGCAUAUUGACUGCUAUAAAGCCUACCAACUUAGAGAAAGAAAAACUGAGAUUCUUCAAAUCGGACUAUACCUACAACCCCCAAUUUGAAUAUGCCAACCCGGCCCUGCCGAGUGUGUUAGCCAAGCACAGCAAUGCGUCUGACCGAUUUCUGAAGCAGUCCGUCCGUAUCAUGGAACUGACUCUACAGAAGUACGGCAGCUACGAGAAAUUCGAGCAGGCCACGGGCGGCAGCCUGCUGUCAAGGCCGCGCAUCUGGAGCCACGUGCGGAAGUACAUGACGAAGGAGGGCUGCCUGGGAGAGAUUGUGGUGCAUCUCACCGAAGACCUGCUGUCCCGAGCCUCGAUGACGGUGGUCAACGGGUGUCCCACUCUGACUAUCAACGUGGCCACUGCGCGCGAGCACUGGCUGGAGGGGAUGCUGCGGCAUGAGAUAGGCACACAUUACUUGCGAGGUAUCAACAACCUGCAGCAGCCGUGGAACAGUUGGACCGGCCGCAGAAAACACGAGCUAAAGCCCAACAACCCCACAGAGGAGGGCCUGGCGAGCAUCCACAGCGUUCUGUUCAGAAAGGACCCCUUCCUAUGGAGGGCCGCCCUCCUCUACUACACCGUAUACCAGGCCAGCCACAUGUCGUUCUGUGAACUCUUCAGAGACAUUGGCAGAUUUGUCAAGGACCCCAAUACCCGAUGGGAUUACUGCGUACGAGCCAAGAGGGGCUGGACUGACACCUCCCAGCCAGGGUGUUUCAGUAAAGACCAAGUCUACCUGGAUGGCAUCCUUCAAAUCCUCCGAUACCGAGAGUCCAUAGACUUUCAUCUGCUGACAGCGCUGGGGAAGGUCUCUUACGAAGACGUGGAUCGCCUGAAAGACCUGGCUGUCACGGAGAACAUGCGGGUCCCGCACUUCCUGCAGGACCACGAGCGGUACAUGGAGCACCUGGAGAAGAUCAUGGAGGUGAACGAGCUCACGGACAGAGAGCUGCAGGCCCUCAUCUAGGUGCAGCAGACCAGACAGGCCCACGGGAGUCACCGGCUAGGUGCGGCCAUGACAGUGGGUCCAUGAGAAGAGUGACUUUCCACUUGAGUUUUCUGAAGAAUGGUCUUCAGUGUUCAGCUGAAUUUUUAGGUUAAAUGCAAACAGACUGUUUCCCCAAAAUGUUUCUGUGGGCUGCGGAGGGAGGUUGUUCCUGCUUUCAUCUCAGUCUCGGCGGAGCUGACUGAAAACGUGCCUGCUGAGGGUUUCCAAAGACUCCUGGUGUAUCAUGCAGUAAACGUCUCUGGGGCACUGAGCCUUCUGGGCUGGAGAUGGUGAAGCCAGCCCUGCCCUGCACACUGCCAAUGCGGCUGUGCGUUCUCCUUUGAAAACCCAGUCUUGGGAUGCUCCAGAAAGCCAGCUAUGGCUCAGAUUUCUCGUACAAGUUAAGUAAUGUUAAAGGAAGAGGAAAAGCAGUGUGAACAGUUGUCCUUAAAUCCUUUAUUUUAUACGUUGUUAUUUUACCUUCUCAGCUUCUAGAAACUAAACUGAAAAAUUGUGUUUCACUACCGAACUACAUCCCAGCCUCUGAGAAUUGUCCCUUUUUGCCCAGUUAUCUCUUAACUAGACUCUUUUUACUUACUGAAACCUGUUACACCCUUUUAAAACUUUGAGAAAGUUUGAAGGUUUUUCCUCUGUGUUAUUUUAUAGAAAUGAUAAGUAUAUGUGCACAAAUCAAAAUGGUUGGGGAGGGGGAACUUACUUGGAAUAUGUAGCAAGGAGGAGACGAAUAACCUGACCUAGAACCUAGCUAGGGCAAACUUGCCCAUGCUCUGAGAAGUAGCAUCUCUAGGCGCUUCCACCUGAUCCCCCGGCCCUGCAACACUGCCCUGAUGUCCUUCACCCCGAUCUGUGACUUCAUCGACCAGUGACAGCAUGCGUAAGUUCAGCAGUAGGGGUUGUGUUUGCUGUGUGUCUCCCGCCGUCAGCCUGCACACUUAGCUUUGGGACUGGUUCAGUGUAUACUUGGCUGUGUAUACUGGGAACCAAACAGUUCUCCCCACAACUUACUUUAAUGAUCAGAAAGAACACUUCAGUGGCACCCAUUCAGGGUUGCCACUGCAGUCUCUACCCAAAGCCCUGAGCUUCUCUGUACCUCGUUCAGGCUAAACCGCGGUGCUCAUCCUGGUAGCUUUAUACUGCGAAAGCUGUUCCCUUUUGUGCUAGAAAUGAUUGUAGGAAAUCUUGUGCAGGCUGGGUGCUGUGAACGUUCUCUUUCAUAUACCUUGAAGGGCUAGCCUCAAAGGAGGAGGAUGCACUCCCAGGAUAGAGGUGCCCAGCAGGUCCUCGGGAGUGUAGAAAGUACCACCUUGUGCCAUCCUGACUGCAUGGCCAGCAUUUCUACCUUCGAGGAGGCAGUAGGGGCCGCAAACCUGCCGGUCACCUUGAGCAGGUGUCUGUAUGGCAGUCCUGUACUUUCAGUUUGGUAUAGUGUUUUCUUUGACUUAAAACUCAUCAAAGGUGAUUGUGAAAACCUUGUGUUGUAAGUAUAGACAGAAAUGGCAAUAUUGUACCUAUGUCCUGUGACGUAAGCCCAGAUGUUUGUAAGUCCAGCAUAUGCAGGCAAUAACACUGCUAGUCUUACCUUAUAGUGUAAAUUAAAGAAAAAUCACAGGAGCCUUAAUUUCCUACUGGGAUCAUUUGCAGUGGUUCUAGCCCCUGAAUUUAAAGUGGGUAGAUAUUAUCUUUGUCUGAUUUGGAAAAGGAACUGCUUUCUUGCCUUACUGCUUUGGUGUAAAGAUACAAAAACAUGAGGAUUCUGUAGACAAAAAAAAAUGACCUUAAAUCACAUUGAUUGUCAUUAAGAUGUUUUACAAGUUAGCAGUGAACCAAAAGUAGCUUCAGAUUAGCAGAAAUACUGUAAAAGUGCUUUCAGCUUUAAAAAUUGAGCUUGAAGAUUAAAUAAGUGUUUAUUCUCUUUUCUGAAAUAGAAGUAAGAUCUGUUUUGUUCCCCAAAAUAAAAGUUUUAAUGAACACAUAAAAUCUUAAUGACAGUACUUAGUUGAAGAUCAAACUGAUUUUAACUCUUAAUAGUUGUUUGCCACAGGGUAUGGAAAAUUAGGAUUUCUUCAGUUUUUCCCCCUAUAAUUCUAACAUGUGGUUGGAUCAAAUAAAUAUUUUGGUAAACUGUUUUAAGUUUUAGCACCAGAUGGAUUUAAGGUAAAAUUGUUUGAAAAACAUAAAUCCAUUGUCUUUGUUUCUUUAUAUUUUCACUUUUGUAAAAGUGCUUAAAAUUUCUAUUGUGUAUCUCUGGGCAUUUUGUGUCGAGUUAUAAUAAAAAGAAGUAGCACCGAGGUUCCCAAGUGAAGUCUGUGGAUGUAUAUUGUGUAUAUGUAAACUUCCGCUCUCUGAAAGCCAAAUUAUACUUAUAUUGUGACAUUU